UUUAGUUUGAUAAUUAGUGUAUUUUCAAGCCUAAUCAAAGGAUUGUCAGAUCGUUUGUAUCCUUUACUUUAAAGAUCUGUUUGUGAUUGAAUCCUACUUCAGAAAUUAUAAACAUAUAAAAUGCAAUUCACUACUGUGCUUAUUAUGGUUGGCCUGGCUGGAUCUGCAUCUGCUAAAUGCAUGCGACGAGAGUACACAUCCUCUGCGGUCUAUACUUCGGCGUCAUCCACCACAACUAGUAAUACUAGUCCGACUACAUGUAAUAAAUCUAAAACUACAAAGAGUCCCAUUUACACGUCAAGCGCCGCUUCCACCACUAAGACUACUAGUGAGAUCGUUUAUUCAAAAACAGCGCCAGCAUCUACUAGCAAAGCUGCUUCCUCGAAAACGGUGCCAGCAUCUACUACUAGUGAGAUCGUUUAUUCAAAAACAACAUCCACUACUAGCCAAGCUGCUUCCUCGAAAACAGCGCCAGCAUCUACUAGCAAAACCGUGUAUUCGAAAACGGUGCCAGCAUCUACUACUAGCAAAGCUGCUUCCUCGAAAACGGUGCCAGCAUCUACUACUAGCAAAGCUGCUUCCUCGAAAACGGUGCCAGCAUCCACUACUAGCAAAGCUGCUUCCUCGAAAACAGCGCCUACUACCAAAACCAAUGUUUCUACACAUAUAUCUACUAGAACAACUUUAUCCACGAAAUCGCGGACAGCCAUAGCAACCCCAGAGUACAUUCCCACGAUCUCCGAGACUAAAUCGGUAACAACCACGGCCUCUGCACCAGCAUACGCUGCAAGCAAAACAACCAAGGCUGGAUCAGCAGGAUAUGCCGCUGUCAACAGUGCUCAAAACAUGGAUAUAACAGGUGUGAUGUCUGCUCUGUUUGCUGGCUUCGUAGUGCUACUUGGAUUCUGA